GUCACGAUGGGUCGAACUACGAAGGUCGCCGCCAGCACUCCCAAGCCAAAGGCGGCCAAGCGAUCGGCGCCAUCCGACGAGGUCCAACCUGGCAACAAACCCGGCAAUGAGGGUGAAUCCACGUUCGCAGAGAACCCUUCGACCGGCGGCUGGGCCUUCUUGAAGCCGCCGUCCUCGUCGCAGCUCAAGAAGCCAAAGAAAGCUUCGCAGCGUUCAGACGACGACGUCGAGUUUCCACCUCUAUCCGAGGCCGAUACGGCUGUGUUUGACGACAUCCUCCCACUGACCAAAGCUGGCAACACCAAUGACUCCCUUCGCAUUCUCGCGUGGAACGUGAACGGCCUGCGAGCCGUGUUAAAGAAGGACAACUACUUCCGCGCAUACAUUGCCCGCGAAAACCCGGACGUGUUGUGCUUGAGCGAGACCAAAAUCGACGACGCGGCGCUGGGCCAGGUCAAGCAAAUCCUUCCCCAAUAUCCGCACCAGUACUGGAACUGCGCCGACCAAAAGGGCUACGCCGGCACGGCGGUGUUCAGCAAGGUUGAACCGUUGAGUGUCCGCACCAGUUUGGUCGUGGCCGGCCAACCAGACAACGAGGGACGCUUUGUCGCGCUCGAGUUUUCUUCGUUCUGGCUCGUGCAUACGUACGUACCCAACGCAGGGCAAAAGCUCGAACGCUUGGCGUAUCGCACUGAGAGCUGGGACAAGGCCUUGUUUGCCGAAUUGAAAGCACUGGACCAGUCCAAGCCAGUCGUGUGGUGUGGCGACCUAAACGUUGCGCACCAAGAGAUUGACAUUCACGACCCCAAGGGCAACAAAAAUAAAACGGCGGGGUUCACCGAUGCCGAGCGCGAGAGUUUCGGGGGCUUCUUGGCCAGUGGUUUCGUCGAUACAUUUCGACACUUGAACGAACUCGCACAAGCGUAUACUUACUUUUCGUAUCGGUUUGGCGCUCGUGGCAAAAACAAGGGCUGGCGGUUGGAUUAUUUCGUCGUGUCGUCCACGUUGUUGGACAAAGUGGAAGACUCGUUCAUUCGGCCGUCGAUUACGGGCAGCGACCACUUGCCCAUUGGAUUGACUUUGAAGAAAUAAAGAUCGUGUUCUGUUUUAGUAUCAGUUGAACAGCUCGAGUUUAUGAGGAACCCAACCAUCAAGAUUGGGAUCAAAAUAUACUUCGAGAAGUCUCAAAAAUACACUUGGUUUCAAUCUACUGCCCC